UAAUCGAUUACUUCAUAUUUCGAUCAUUUCAUUGUUUAACGCAUUAUGUUUUGAUAUAUUUAUAUAAUCAUAUAUAUUAGUCAUUAAUUAAACAAAAUCUUUAAAAUUCAAUACUUUGAAAGAACAAAAGAACAAUUUGAAAAUCAUUUACAUUUGAAUUUAAAAAUAGUAUGAAUUUAUUCGAGAUUAUAUCACAGAAGAAAUCUCUGAAGAUAUCUAUUUUUCCGUUACAUGAAUCGUCAUUUUUUUGUACAAACAUACGAUAAAGUACGUAUUCCUAUAUCGAAUUAUAUCAACAAGAAAUGAUAGAUCUAAGGUAGUAAAUAAAGUGGUAAAUAAAACAUGGAGAAAAAGGAUGAUGAGAAAAAGGAUGAGGAUCCACGGUUUGAAUAUAUGUUUAAUUAUCUUACUCAUUCGAGAAAAUUAAAAAUCGACAGAUGGGCGAAAAUGUUGGCACAUGCAGAAUAUAAGGAUUUAAUUAUAAAGUUCUUAACCACCCCAUCGGAGAUGGUGCUCGUGUUGCAAUUGACACCCGCCAAUGUGUUGAUACCUCUACUCGAAAUAACGCAAGCCAAGAGAAAGCAGACGUACUUCUUGAAGAGGAAACCCCAAGUGAUCACGGAAGCUAAUUACAAGCAAAUAUUGAUACCGGGUGACAUGGCGCCGAAUCCGAUCGAGGAAUUAGCCGUGCUCGUCGAACAGGCAUACGUACCUAUGUUAUCUAAUCCAAAAAAUCAUAUUGGUUGGCCGGAAGUAGUUCGUAAAGAUGUCAAGAAGCAAGUAUACAAUCUUCGAACUUUAAUAUGGCAGGUAAGAGGAAAAAUAACGGGAAAAACUCUACUACCAAUGCCGAUGGAUAUCGAAGAAAUUCUAGAUCCAAAAUUUUAUACCGACGUAGACAUAUCUAAACAACUUAAAGUAAAAAGUAAUAUAGAAGAAAUUGUGGUAAAAUGGGCGACUCAGAUUAAUGAGAUUCUUAACGAAGAGUUUAAAUUCUCCAAAAAUGGAAAAUUUCUUGUAUCCGAAUUGGAUUAUUGGAAUAUGAGGUUAAAGAAUAUGGAAUCCAUCUAUUUUCAACUUAAAGAUCCAAAGGUGAAACAGAUAGAUUUAGUUUUAGAGAAAACGCAAAGUCCUUACUCGCAAUAUUUCAAAAAUUUAGUAAACAACGUCACUGCGGCAUUAUUAGAAACUAGAGAUAUCAAUCUUUAUUUAAAGCCUUUAGAGACUUAUUUCCAAGAAAUCGAAACGCUUGAAUUUAAAGAUAUAUUGUCAAAGGUAAAAAUAUUGCUGCACUGUGUUUGCUUAAUGUGGGCUAAUUCGAGAUUCUAUACUCUCGAAAGAAUUAUUGCACUGUUACGAGAAAUUUCAAAUUUGAUCAUUUCUCAGGCAAUAAAAUAUAUAAAUCCAUCAACUUUAUUCGAAGGAGAUAUUGAUGAUAAUAAAAUGAAGAUUGCUGAAGUAUUACCAUAUCUUACUAGUUAUCAAGAAAUAUUUCGAUCAUAUAAAGAGCGGAUAGAUAUGUAUUUCAGAUCGUCGGAGACUGUACCUUGGAAUUUUCACGAGAAAUUAGUCCUCGAAAGAAUUCAUACGUUUGAGAAGAGACUUAAAGAAAUCGAGUUGUUAUUUGACACAGUACAAGAUUAUUUGAAACUAGAGAGAAUAGAAAUUGCUGGUUUGAAAGGAAAAUCAUUGCUUAUUAUGGUUGAAACCAUUUACGAAGAAUUUCUUAAGUUGUAUCAACAUUUUGGAGAAUUGCCUUAUGAGGUUUUAACGCCCGAGGAAGAACAAUUUAGUGAAGAUUUGAAAAAAUUUUUCAAAGAAAUAGAACAAUAUGAUCGAAAAUUGGCGAGCAUUUUCGAUCAAGCAUUUGCCGAAUGUCACAAUUUAGAGGCGUAUUAUAAAUUUAUAUGGAUAAUGGGUACAAUUGCCAAUAGACCAUUAAUAAUGGCUCAACUCUGGCACAAUUAUGAAACAAUUACUGCCAGAAUGAAUGUACAUUUUGACAAAAUAAAGAUUUUAUUCGAUCAAAAUUUUACGUUCCCUGAAGAAAAGAAGUAUACCGGGAUAAAUAUACAUUUGCCUCCGGUAGUUGCAUCUUUGUGUUUAUUAGUGAAACUUCGUCACAGAACUCGUUAUCCAGUUGAUUGUAUCAAAUUUAUCGAUCAUCCUUUGAUUACCGAAAAAAUGGAGAGCGAACUUAGAAGUAAAUACGAGGAAUUAAUGAAUAUUAUUGAUGACAAAGAAAAAGAAAUAUUCACCGCUUGGCAAGAACGAUUGCCAGAAAUUUGGGAAACGCAUUUGUUGAAAACUCUUUUAAAAGUUGGAGACGAUAGGUUAUUAGAAUCAAAUUUUGCCCAAGAAUUGAAAACUACCUUGAGAGAAAUCCGUUAUAUGACAAUUAUAAAGAAACCUGAUCUUCCCGAAGAUGCCGUAGAAUUUUAUGCUAGAUCACAAUUCUUUUUUGAUAGUACUUACAAGUUGAAUUUAAUAAUAAAUUGGUAUAAUAGAAUACGAACUGAAAGCAUUCCGAUAGAAUUUCAAUUGGUAAAAGAUGAGGUUAUGAACAUUGAUAAUAUAAUUGAUGAUGGUCAAGAAAAAUAUAAUUGGAAUUCGGAAGGAGUUAUGGAAUAUAUCGAUGAUUUAUUAAAAAUUAUAUGGAAAUUACACAGCAGAGUGUUCCGUGCCCAAAAUAAUUUAAAAAAUAUUAUGAAUAACAUGUAUAGCUGGGCGAUGAUACCAGUUAUUUAUCGUAAAGAUACCAGGGAUGAAAAUUUGUUGUCUCUAAUUGAUAAAGAUGAUAAAUUCGCGGAAAGAUUUGCGGAAAUCGAAUCAAUGGCUGAACAAUUGGAACAAAUAUUAAAAGAGAAUUAUAAACUUUUUUUCGACUUGCUCCCGGAGCAAUUCUAUGAUAGAGAAGACUUGGAAUUAUUAGAGACUGUACAAGAGAAACAGGAAACAGAAUUAGAGAAAGCAAUACCUGAAGAAGCUGUAGAACCUGAGGCUCCAAAAGUGGAAGAGGAAAUACCCGAAGAGAUAUUAUUAGAAGCAGAAGAAGAACAAGUGGAAGAAGAAGAGGAAGUUGAUGAAGAAACGUUGGCAAUGAGACGUGAAAAAUGGCAACCUUAUCUAUCUUAUGUUGACAAUUUAAUUUCCAAAGGUCUUAUUCAAGCGGUCUCCACUAGGUUAUUAAUAAUUACUUUAUUGAUUUACCGACAUUAUAUCUCUUAUAAUAUGCAGUAUUUUAUAAGAAUUAAAAAAUCAAUUUAUUACGUUUUUCGCAGUAUUUGUUACAUUCUUGAUGAAACUGAUCCUGAAGAAUCCUAA